AUGCGUGCAGCAGCCCUGGCGGCUGUCUGCCUGGCCUGCUGCCUGGCUACCGCCUCUGGCGCUCGGCAGCUCCAGGCCAUGCCUGUGCCCACCACACCCGCCCCCGUCGGCCCAGCCGAAUACUUUGUGCGGGUGGAGAAUGGCGAGUUUGUGGCCGGGUGCCAGAGGAUGCUGCUGACGGGCUGGAACUCGUGGGAGAUGGUGGAGGCGGCGGCAGGGGCCCCUUCCCUCAGCGGCGCCUCCCUGCCCGUCAACAUGACUGGCCCGCAGGCGAGCUGGGGCGUGCAGCCUUUGGUGCGGUCCCUGCUGGCCAAGGGCAAGGAGGCGGGGUUCAAUGUGAUGCGCACCUGGGCGCAUUCUGUCAACCCGCAGUAUGCGACCGCUCCCGGGCGGUACAACGAGGCCGCCCUGCGCGGGCUGGACUACUUGCUGGAUGAGGCGCGCAAGGCGGGCAUCAGGCUCAUCCUUGCCUUCACCUCCAACUGGACGCCCACCGGCGGCGUGCCCGAGUACCUCAAGUGGGCCGGCAGCGACAAGCAGGUCGACUUCUUCACCAGCCCCGCCAUCAAGGCCAUGUUCCAGGGCUGGGUGCAGACGCUGGCCACCCGCGUCAACACCAUCAACGGCCGCGCAUACAGGGACGACCCAACCAUCAUGGCCUGGAACCUGCUGAAUGAGCCGCGCUGCAACGGCUGCCCCGCGGGCACCGUGGCGGCAUGGUACGACGAGAUGGCUCGCUUCACCAAGACUGUCGACCCUAACCAUCUGGUCUCAACCGGCGAGGAGGGCUUCUACGCCUGCUGCGGCAACCCCGCCAACCCCGGCCAGCCCUGGACCGAGUGGGCUGCGGAGGAGGGCCAGGACUUCAUCGCCGACCACUCCUCUCCCGCCAUUGACUUUGCCACCAUUCACGCUUGGGUGGACAACUGGCAGCAGGUGGAUCCCACCUGGCUGGUGCGCUGGAUCGCCAACCACGCCCGCGACUCCGCCGCCGUCCUGAAGAAGCCGCUUGUGCUGGAGGAGCACGGCAAGUGGGUCACCGACAACGCCACCAUCGGCGGCAAGUUUGUGUCGGCCAGCCUGGAGGAGCGCAACCAGUUCAUGGAUCGGGGUGACUGUAACACAGGGCAGCUGUUCCUGGAGGGCCAGCGCGCGCCCAAGUCGGAGGGCGGCGGCCGCGGCCUGUUUGGCAUCUUCCCCACCGACGACGCUUUCCAGCCCAUCCAGGCCAACGCCCAGACCGUGGCACAGCUGAACGCGCAGCCCGUGGCCGGCUGCGUGGCCGCCGCCGCCCAGGCCGCGCCCGUGGCUGCCGCCCCUGACUGCGCCCAGACCUGGGUGGACGGCGCGCCCGGCACGGGCCUGGAGGGCCCCGCCUGCGACGUGCCCAUCAACGAGUGCGUGCGCGGCACCGCCACCUGCGACCCCCACGCCACCUGUAUCGACACUGAUGCCGGCUACGAGUGCAAGUGCUGGUGGGGCUACGAGGGCGACGGCAAGGCGUGCGCCGCCAACGCCGCCGCGCUGGAGCAGCUGCAGGCGCUGCACUGGAGCGAGCCUCAGGGGCUGGCCUGCGACGCCGGCUACGACGUGGCCUGGCCCGCCACCGCGCCAGGCUACCUGUACGACCCGCUGGACUCCUUUGCCUUCUUCCGCGCCGAGGGCGCCCAGUACGGCUCCCGCACCAAUGUGUCGCUGCUGGAGUGCAUGGUGGCGUGCCAGGAGGCGGAGGAGUGCGAGAGCUUUGUGGUGAACGAGGUGCUGGCGCAGUGCUUCCUGAAGACGCAGCAGUGCCCCGAGUACAACUUCUGCUUCGGCCAGGAGGUUUUGUGCAACCGCACCAACGACCGCGGCGGCUCCUUCUCCUUCCCCUGCGGCUUCUGGCGCUCCUACUACCGCCUGGACAUGGACGUGGCGGGCGCCUGCGCCAACGUGACGUACGUGGAGCCCGCGGGGCAGCCCAGCCGCGCCAACCCCGCCGUCACCGCCAUCUUCCAGCAGUUUGAGGACCACUAUGUGGCUCAGUACGGCGCGGAGCUGGCUCACGCCAACCCCGCCGCCGAGCCGGCGCCCGCCGCCACGACCCCGGCCGCCACUGCCGCCCCCACGGCGCCCAUUGUGCCGCCGGGCACCACCGCGCCGCCUGCCGGCACCGUACAGCUGCUGGAGCCGGAGGAGCCGCCGCUCGUGCAGGCGGCGUCUGAGCAGCCCUGA